CAGCUGCAAGUCAAGAAGACUCACACACAACUCCGCUGAUCUCCACAGCUUCACCAGGUUGGAGAAAUGGCCAACAGUAACAUGACAGUUGCUGCCCUGGGUCGACCUUUCACCCUGGGAAUGCUCUAUGAUGCCCGGAGAGAUGAACUGAUCCCAGGUUUGAGAUUGUGGGAUGAUGACACUCUACAACAGAAGAUCAGUGAAGUCACUAAGCCCUACAGUGCUUUUGAAAUUAUUGCUUCUGACACCAUUGAAUCCAGGUCUUCUCUGCUGGAUGUUGGUGCUUCUCUGGAGGCCAGUUUCCUGAGUGGACUGAUCGAGGUUGCAGGAUCUGCCAAGUAUCUGAGCGAUCAGAAAAAAUUCCAAAAUCAGAGCAGGGUGACGUGCCAGUACAAUGCUACCACCAACUUCAAAGAGUUGUCAGUGGUUGACCUUCAAAUGAACACCCAACAGAAGGAUGUCAUUAAGAAGGGUUUCGCAACACAUUUAGUCUCAGGCAUCCUUUACGGGGCAAAUGCCUUCUUUGUAUUUGACAGUGAGAAGUUAGAAGCCAGCAGCGUUCAGGAUGUCCAGGGCAGCAUGGAAGCUGUGAUAAAGAAGAUCCCCUCAUUCAGUAUUCAGGGGAAAGUUGAUAUCAAGCUGACUGAUGAAGAAAAAGCCCUGACUGACAAAUUCUCCUGCAAAUUCUAUGGAGACUUCAUUCUUGACAGCAAUCCUGCAACAUUUAAAGAUGCAGUGAAGACCUAUGUAGACCUCCCACAGCUACUGGGAGAAAAGGGAGAGAACAGUGUUCCACUGAAGGUCUGGCUGAUGCCAUUAAAAUGUUUUGCCCCUGAAGCUUCUGAGCUGACCAAAGAAAUCAGUGUUGGACUAGUGAGGAAGGCUGGGGCUGCUCUGCAAGAUUUGAGGGAAAUUGGAAUGAGAUGCAGUGAUUCUCUGGUCGAGAAAGUGGUGGAAAAUUUUCCACAGUUUCAAGCAGAUUUGAUCAGAUUCCAAAAAUUGUGCGAUUACUAUGAGUAUAACUUCCAGCAGACCAUGGCAAAGAAAUUUCCCCUCAUCCGUGAUGGCAAAGAAAAGGAGAGCUCAGUAGAACAAGCCCUUGAUGACAGAGACAAGUCACCAUUCAGUCAUGACAAACUGAACGAGUGGCUGGAUCAGAAACAGAGAGAAAUCAACAUCGUCAGAUCCUGUGUAGAUACCAUGCAGGGAGUAAAAAUCGUCCACAGUCAGUCAGAGCUGGACAGGGAGGUUCUUGCUCCAGGUGUAGAACAUGCUCUGUGCUUUGUUUUCACCUCUCUGGAGAACGCCGACCCCGGCCUUGAUGCCAUGGCCAAGUUCUUGGAUUCAACUGAAACAGGAAGUGGCAAAGAAAACCAGUGGUACUACUCACAUGAGGUCAUAACCAAAAUGAGAGAAAAAGCAGAAUGUGUCCACGAUCUUGCCGAGGCACUGAAGAACAACCGCAGAUUCCGCUUCCUUGUAGCAGCCUUUGAUAAUAACAAGUACACAGGAGCAACCAUCUAUCAUUACAAGGAUGGCAUUCUGGCCACUGAUGAUUUUACAAAGCCUGACCCCCCCUCUGUAGAGAGCAUCAAAGACAGCAGCGAUCUGAUCUGGUAUGCCACUGACCUCAACCUGGACCCAAACACUGCAAACUACCAGCUCACUCUGUCUAAGGGCAACAAGAUGGCAGCAUUUGGAUCACGGCAGAACUAUCCCGAUCACCCAGAGAGGUUUGAUAAACAGCCUCAGGUGUUGUGCAAAGAGGGGUUAACUGGGCGCCAUUACUGGGAGAUGGAGUGGAGUAAUACCUCCAAUGAUUCUGUUUACGGAAUCGCUGGGUACAAGGGAGUUAGAAGAAAAGGAACCGGUCCUAUGACCGAGCUAGGGUGUAAUGACAUAUCAUGGGUUUUUGGCAAAAGAACAGAUGAAUCCAAACUGAAGGCAUGGUAUGAUAAUAAGGGGUGGGAGUGUCCUUUGCCCUCUACUGGUGUCAGGCGCAUGGGGGUGUAUCUGGAUUGGCCUGCUGGCACUGUGUCCUACUACAGAGUGUCCUCUAACACACUGAGCCACCUCUACACCUUUCGCAAAACAUUCACUGAGCCUGUUUACCCAGGUAUCUGGGCUUCACGCAGUAACAAUUAUGUGUACCUGUGUGCAGUCGAAUAAGAGCAAUGACAAAGACCUGUUGGAUUCUUGGUCUGUUGACAGGGACAUGUCUUUAUCUUUAAAGUUCAACAUGCAUCCUUUACAAAUAAAACAGUGCAUUGAAGCCCAGAUGGAGCAGGAUAGUUGAGCUUUGUACUUCACAGCUUCAUAAUCAGUUUUCAUUGCUCGGUACAUCACAGAUAUUUUUCUAAAUAGGAACUUUCUAUUCGAACUCCUGAUACUUAAAGAUAAAAAUCUUAGAUUGAUGCACAAUUGCUUUGUCAACACCAGUGUGUUGAAGUAGAAACUCAUAGCUCAUGUAAAAACGAUGAAGUUGUCAUGUUGAUUAUUUUGGGACAUGGGGCAAAAGUGCAUAUUGUUUCAUUUUUGCAUUUUCUUUCUUUUUUCUUGUGCAUUAUCUUUAAAAGACUUUCCUUUCAAGAGUGUCAGAGGAGUAAUUUACUCCUGUUCAAUCUGAGCUGACCUAAGGUUCAAUCCAUACCUUUUUAAUGACCGUAAUUAAUUACUGUUUUGAGGAGAGGGUCACUGUAAACAUUUUCUUCGAUGUGAAGCACAUUGCUGAUGUUUAAAGAGCUGAAGCAAUAAACAGCUUUUGCAUUAAUUCAUGGUGAUUCCAUGCACAGCCUUCUUUUCAACUGGUUUGUGCUUCACAGCUUCACAAUCACUUUAAACUUUCAUUGGUUGGUACAUGAGCUAUUUUUUAAUUGUAACUUUCUGUUCUAAUUCUUGACACUUAAAGAUACAGAGCUUAUAUCAAGACAUAAUCACUACGGGUUUUGUUGAAUUCAUGGUGUUGAUUAUUUUGAAGCAUAAGGUGGCUAAAGUGCGUUUGUUUCUUUUCUUCUUUGUGUGGUAUUUUAAAAAGUUAUCUUUCCAGAAUACAAGAAUGAUCUUAUUUGUUUUUCUCAAGUCUGUGCCUUAACCCUGAUGUAGGGUUUAAGUAAGUGAUUUAUUAAGGACUCAGUGAAUAAUUGCUGUUCUGAGGAGAGAGUCACUGUUGACAGCGUUUGUUCGACAUUAAGCACACUGCUGAUGUUCGUGGAGCUGAAUCAAUGUCAGAUGUCUUUGACAGUGAAACACCUGUUGAACAUGUUCACUCUCUUCUGAAGCAUAACUUUCAAUAAAG